GUUGUCAAAAAUUUGUGUUUAAAACGCCCUCAAAUUGGGACUUUUUGACCCAAAAGAAGGAUUUUUGACCCAAAAUAAAGAUUUUUGACCCAAACUAAAGAUUUUUGACCCAAAAUAAAGAUUUUUGACCCCAAAAAAAACCGAAAUAGAGAAUAAAAAUAAGGUUUUGCCUUAAAAAUUGGGGGGGUUUGGACCCAAAAUAUCCGUUUUUAGACCCAAAAUGGUAUCGGAGUGAAAAAUAACUCCAAAUGGAGACCUUCGAAGUGGAUCGUUUGAACCAAAAUUGGGGUUUUUUGCCCCAAAAAGAGUGAUGUGGGUGGAAAGAAUGGGAGGGGUUAAACUCUGGGGGGGGUUCAAAGCCAAAGGCACCGAAUAGGAGAGCUCUUCCCGUUUUCCCAGUUCCGAAGCCAAAGGAUCCAAGCAGGGGGGUCCCCCACCCAUGGGUGCCCCCCCCAGGGCGAUGGAGAGGGAGGGGGUUCUGCUCCUGACCCGGAUCGUCCCGGGGGAGUCGGACUUGGGGUCCGUCCCCCCCAAACCAGGAACCCAACGGCUGUGGGGGGAACCCCUGGCACUGGGGGUGUCGCAGGUGCUGCUCGGGGCGCUGCAGGCGGCGUUGGGGGCGGCGCUCCUCGUGGCGUUGGGAGACGCGGUGGGGGCGCAGCUCGGGGCGCCGGUGGGGGCCGGGGCCGCGCUCCUGGUGUCGGGGGCGCUGCUGGUGGCACUGGGACAGAGCCCGAGUGUGGGGCGGGCGCGCGCGGCGCUCGCCGUGGGCAUCGUGGCCGCCGUCGUCUCUCUGGUGGCUCUGGGGCUGCAGGCGCUGCUCCUGCCCCACGGCUGCCCCACAUGCGACAGCCUCGGCCCCACCGCGCAGGAGGCGCUGGUGGGCGCUCACGGGCUGCUGAUGACGUCAUCUGUGGGCGGGGCCGCGAUGGCGCUCACGGGGGCGGUGACGGCCGGGAGGGGCGGGGCUACGAGGGGCGGGACCCCAAUCGUCAUCUACCAGACAGCCCUGCCUGGCUUGGGGGCGGGGCUUGGCGAGGCCACGCCCACCGGAACUGCCAAUCAAUAAAAGCCACGCC